UUUAGUUCACAUCUCACUGUGUUGCAGUUUAUGCUGAUUGACAAAGUUAAAUGUGUUCUGUUGUUUUUGGUAGGAUAAUCAGGGCAAGAUAAAAGAAGAUGGACUUUCAUUAAUUUCACGUAGAGGAAUUUCAGUGCUACAGCAACAGUUACAGACAUGGUCAGACAAUACAUUUAACAUAAGUGCACAGAAUGAAAUGACAAAUGUAUAAACAUCCGGUAGUAAAUAUAAAUAUGAGCAACAUCUCUUGGAAUGUUGUUUUAGGCCAGUGGUUUUCCAUCUUGGUGUGGCAAAAACCUUUGACUACUCGUCUUUAUACCAACUGAAUGUUUAAUUAAUUCUGUAGUAAGAACUGAAUCACGGGGGCUAGAGGCCAGCCCAUGCAGCAGAGGACAACCUGAACCGGAGGACGGUCCAUUGAAGGUCACAGGCAUACAGAUGUUACGGGCAGCUUAAAAAUGUCUAUGGACUGCAGUAGGAAACAUGUUUGACGGGGGACAGCAUGAAAACGCCUCACAAGCAGAUAAAGCAUGUGAGGCAAAUGUAGCCAGGUGUAACCCAUUUCUCUGUAACGUCUGCAAUAUACAGCUUCUGUCUACUCUCUGUUAGAAGAUGCAAUGGCUGUGUAAUUUUUUAUAAAAAAAGAGGAAAUAUCGCGGUAAACAACUUAAACGACACACAAAUUCCGGCAUCCAGGAAACCCCAGGGCGAUUAUUUGAAACUAAAGCAGAGUUUUGACCUGAAAUAUGUUAACAGACCUUAGUUUAAGUAAUUCCCUUUAAAAUCCCACGGAGAAAAUGUCAUAGCCCAGCAAGCUAGCAUAUUGUUUUUAUCUGAUGCAAUUGCAGUGUCAUAAGGACGAGUCCGCGAGAAGCUUGAUACUGGCUGGCGCCCUGCAGAUCAGGGGCGCACGGCGUGACUUUCCCGGCUGACGGGAAGCAGACGCGUCUCUCCAGAACGGAAAGCGAAACUUAAACUGGCGUAUCGACGUCCCAGUGACAUAAUCACGGGAUGACCAUCUGAACCUUUUCCUCUUUUACUCUAAAAUAAGCCAGUGUAGCUCCUUAUACACGUCCAAGCUACCUGACCGCACAAGAUCUGGGCUAAUCUCUAGGAAUAUAAGCGGCGUUUGCAGUUUUACUAUUAUUAGAUCUUGAUCAAUUUGGCGCGGCCGAUCGACGACAAAAGUUAAACAAUACAAAUUCUAUAAAGAGAUAGUUUGGUUGAUUUUUAUUUUCAGUGGUAUUUUUGAAGACACCGGCAUAUUUCUGCAAUAAAUUAGACAUAUGCAUAUGUACUACAAGGAGCUGAACGCUUAGAAGAAACGCGAAAACUUAUGGUUGUCUUCCUGGCAAAGAGCGCUAUCGAAACUUCACGAGUGACAUGCACGUGUUUAGUGUUAUAUUGCUAAUAUAGCUCAAUUUUAAAAGGGGGCAUUCAAGGCUGAGCAGGUACGUUUAAUUGCAUUAAUAUACCGUUGAUAAUUGCUUUUUACACCUCAGAAUGAUAAACGUUUAGUUUUCAUCGUGGAUUACUUGUGUGGCUGGUUCAUUUUGGAUUGCAGUACUGAAUAGUGUGCUUGAUUGUCGGUAUAUACUUAUGCGUAGUUGUCAUAUAUAUUAUACAGACACACACAUACUGUGCGUCUGCGAUUUAGUACGUAUUUUCAUUGCAUCGUGCCCAAAAUCAGCCCCGUCUGAUGAAGGGGAUAUGCAUGUUCUUAAAGCCGGGCUCAGUCGUACAGGAACUAAAGCUUAUUUGUGUGGAGUUGUUAUUUUGGCAGUCGGGUGCUCUUGUAUUAGGGUCAGGUUGAGUCAGUGGCAACCGGUUUUUUUUCUCAGGGCAAAGACACUGUCUCCUCAUAUUAAUGUUCUCAAGUAAGACGAGUCUCGUGUUUUGCAUCCGUGAUUUGCGGCGGCUUUCUGAGAUUUAUAAUUUUUGCCUUUUAAUCUGGUCUUUCAUGACGUCUGUUUAUUUGACCUCUAAAGAUUUAUGCAUGAACAAGUGUUGUUUGCAUGAGUAACUUUUUUCUAUGCCUCUCAUAUAUGUGGAGGAUUCCUUAACAUAAUUACAUGAAACACUUGGGUCUGAGAAAUUUAACUCUUUGCAGUCCUUCUGUGGGUCUUUAUUUAUAGAUGUGUAAUUUUGUAUGCAGUUUGUUUGCUGUUAGUGCAUCUUUGUUCAUGUGAUCCCAACCAUUUCAUGGGCGAAUCUGAGGUAUAAUCCAGACCUAUUAACAUACUGGUUGAUUACAACGUUUUCCUCUUUGCUCUUUCACCCAGGUUCGUUUUACCCCUUCUCCUCUAAGUGUCUGAAAAUGAUCUCUCCCAGCCAGAAAUAAAAUGGUUUUGUCACAACAGAUAUGAAUAAUUCAUUUAGGGCUCUUACUCACCGAUCGUGUUCCAGCCAUGUUAGAGACGGCGAGACUAAAUAACUCUGACUGCCUGACAUAUGGGUGGCACCGCAACAAGGUUGUAUGAUAGUACAAUUUGACUUUUUUUUUUUCUUCUCUCCUCCACAAUCCUUUCUUUUCUUCUGGCAUUUUUCCCCCCAGUCUAUUCGUGCCCCUAUUUUAACUGUCAUCCAUCUUAUACCUCACUUCCCUCUUGCCAACUUGCUCCAAACCCUCAUUUCAGGUACAGCACCGUAUGCAGUGGCCACCUGUCUUGUUCCUACGGACGACCCGUCAAUGACAUAACUGCCAUCUUGUAUGUCCAGCUGGUACUGAGCCGGCGCCCUGCCCUUCCGCUGACUCUGACCCCUGCGAUAUGAGCAGAGGUAGAGGCGGCCCUUCCAAAGAGUAUUACCAAUUUGCCCCUCCCUACCUUCAGGGUAAACGUCAAUACCGGUCUGGUUUUGCUGCGAGCGCCGGUCGUCCAUGGGCAGCACGACUCCCCGAUAAUCCCUUUCGUGUUAACAGAUUCCCGGGCCCCCCUACCCCGAGCACCGUCACCACCGAUCCCCAUCCUUUCUGGCCAUCGGACCCUCCCCUCCCAAACCAGCCUCUGCCUAGCUCAGCUCCAAAUGGAGUAGAAGGCCAAAAUUUUCUGGACUUCCGUCAGCAGCAGAUUCAGUUCUUGAGAGGUAAUACAUCAGAAGCUCCUCAGAUUAGAACGUGUCUUCAAGGUGGGAGCCACUGUUCGGGUGCUUGGACUGAGGAUAGAGGGGGAAGUGGGGGCGUCCUCACCCAGCGACAGACAGAGCACUUCAGAAACCACGCUAACGCUCCCAGGAAGAAAGAGGUCUACAACUACGGCGGCAGAGGACACGGCAGUUUUGGGAACUCUCCCUGCCACUCUGGCCCCAAAAGGCAAGUCAGUUGGAGUCAGCCAGCAAGGCCCCAAGCUUUAAACCAUCAACAGAAAAGAUACCAAAGUUUGAAUUCUGAAUAUGGCAACUCCUUUUUCAUAGACCAAUUCCACAAUUUGUCUCUGGAACAAGAAGGGCCUGGCAGGUACAACAAUUUGGAUCGAUUGUCCCCAGGUCCGAGUAGCAGCAUCUACUCUGGUAGUUUUCACUCUGCACCUACUUCAACUGCGAAAGCAACUCCACAGAUCCAAGAUCAGGUUCUCCAGGUCUUAACAUUGUUAAGUCCAGGGGAGUCAGUUCAAGCUAAAGUUCUUGCCAAAAAAUUCCGCUUGCCGAAAAAAGUAGUCAACCAGGCACUGUACGCACUGCUCCGGGCAAAGAAGGCGGAAAGGAAGGGUGACAAUCCUCCCCUUUGGACUCUUUUCCAGGGGACUUCGGGUCAAAGGGCAAACGGGCAUACUAGUGACAGCAGCCUAGCAAUACCUGAUCGGGGCAGUGUGGAAAAAGGGGAGCAGGAGAAAGAAGUUGAGGUCUCUUUUCAAUCCAAAAUUGAAAGAGAUAGUGACCAAGCUGACGUGCCAAACCGGUAUACCAACAGAGCCCCAGAACAAGAAUCUGACUCCUCCUCGGACACAUCUGAUUUUGAGCGGGACCAACCUCUUACUACUAGUAAGACAGUGACCUCUGUCAAUAUGACGGACACCAAAGAACGAAUUCUCCAGUACCUCUAUGAAUCGGCCAAGGCCAAUGCACUCAUGCUGGCAAAGAACCUUGGCUUCAAAAGCGCAAAGCAGGUCAACCCAACCCUGUAUAUACUGGAGCAGCAAGGUGACCUUUGUCGAGACUCGUCUGUUUCACCUCCCCUCUGGGAGCUGUCCAAUCACAAGAGGGAGCGCAUGGAGAGGCACAAGAAGGCCACGCAGGGAAUCACUUUCGAAGGGUCAUCUCUGUCGCUGGGGGCAAUUCCAGCUGAUCCAGUUCCUGGAGAAAGUGUAACGGGGAUCGUAGCUGGAUGUGUCAGUGGUGAGCUCACUCCUGCCAACCGUUCAACUUGUGAGCUGGUGCAUUUUACAAGUUUAGAAACUAAGCACUGUGGGCUAGGUAACAUGGUGUCACCUGGCCAAGCAAGUCAAGUACAAGAAUCAGUAAUGGCCAAACCAGUUCCAGACAGUCAUUCUGUACCCAUUCCAGAACUGGAUACCAUCCCUCAUGAAAGUAGUAAUCUGCCCUACUCUGGUGGCUAUACCUCUACCCCCUUUUCCUGCCAUCUUCCUUUCCGCUGUCAGGAAGACUCUAAGAAUGGAGGUCUAUCGCAGUGGAUGUCUGAUGAUAUUCCAGAGUUUCUUAAUGCCAUUCAGCCUGUGUCUGAGGGCACAGUGGCUGUGUCUGUUGCUGCAGCUCCCCAGUCCCUGGAUUCUAGUCGCCUGCAGAAGCUUCUGGAGGUGCGCUCCAAAAAUCCUGUGAGUGGGCUCAUGGAGUUUUCCCAAUAUUUGGGUCAGAGCUGCGAGUUUUUACUUCUCGACCAAUCUGGACCUUCACAUGACCCAAGGUUCCGGAUGCAGGUUAUGCUGAAUGGUCGCCGCUUUCCUGUGGCGGAGGCAUCCAGCAAGAAGACGGCCAAGAAGGAUGCGGCAGCUCUGACACUGAAGACCCUUCUGCGAGAGCUUGGAUGGGAAGCCGAGGAUGCUAAAGAGGAGGAAGAGGAGGAAGGGGAAGAGGGGGAGCAGGGGACCAUGGCAGGCAGAGAUAUUGCCAAUGACUCGACAAUCGAGACCACUGGGCCUUGCUCUGGGGCCCCGCAGCAGCCGCUGGCACGCUCCCUCCCCGGCGGGAAGAACCCUGUGUCUAUGCUGAUGGAGUACAGCCAGCGCAGUGGAUAUCCCAUCGAGUUCAUAAACACAGGACAGGAGGGUCCUCCCCACGACCCACGGUUCAUGUUCCGGGUGAAGGUGGGCCACCAGGUGUUUGCCGAAGCCUCAGCCCCCAGUAAGAAGUCAGCGCGGCAGCUGGCUGCCGAGGAGGCCGUCAAGGAGCUGUUGGUGGAUGGCAAGCUGCCGCUUAGCAAGGGCCCACGGAUAUUCGCACUACUGUCCUCACAGCUGAGUUCCGGGGAUGACGACUCAGGCCAGACCCCAGGGCCCUGCCUCACCCUGACAGCGGCCGAGGUGCAGGCAGCCCAUGAGGCUGGGGUGGGUGACCUCAUAAACCAUCUCAACAACAACGCUGUAUCGGGCCUGCUGGAGUAUGCCCGUGCACGGGGCUUCGCUGCCGAAAUCCACCUGGUGGGCCAGUCGGGUCCGGCCCACGACCCACGAUUCACAUACCAGGCGAAGCUGGGGGGGCGCUGGUUUCCGCCCGUCUGCGCCAGCAGCAAGAAGCAGGGCAAGCAGGAGGCGGCUGAUGCGGCUCUUAGGGUACUAAUCGGGGAAGCGGAAAAGGCGGCCCGCAUGGGGGAGCUCAUCGCCGAGCUUCCAGUGAGCGGCAGCACCCUCCAUGACCAGAUCGCCAUGCUGAGUCAUCAGCGCUUCAACGCGCUUACCGCUCGCAUGCAGCACAGCCUCCUGGGCCGCAAGAUCCUCGCCACCAUCGUCAUGAGGAAGGGGAGCAGCCUGGGUGUCGUGGUCAGCAUGGGCACUGGCAACCGCUGCGUUAAAGGGGAAGAACUGAGCCUUAAAGGGGACACUGUUAAUGACUGUCACGCAGAAAUCAUCUCCAGAAGAGGUUUCAUUAGGUUCCUGUACAGCGAGCUGAUGAAACAGGACUGUGGCUCUCAGGAGAGCAUAUUUGAGUCUGCAGAGGACGGCAAGCUCCGUGUCAAGCCUGAGGUGACCUUUCACCUUUACAUCAGCACCGCCCCGUGUGGUGACGGCGCCCUCUUUGACAAGUCCUGCAGUGAGACGGCUGAGAAUGCAGAGGACGGGCACAAGCCUCUUUUUGAGAAUGUGAAGCAGGGGAAACUGCGCACCAAGGUGGAGAACGGAGAGGGCACCAUUCCUGUGGAAUCCAGCGACAUUGUGCCCACGUGGGACGGCAUCCAGCACGGGGAGCGGCUGCGCACCAUGAGCUGCAGUGACAAGAUUCUCCGCUGGAAUGUGCUGGGCCUGCAGGGGGCUCUGCUCAGCCACUUCCUGCACCCAGUUUACCUCCGCUCCAUUACUCUGGGAUACCUGUACAGCCAUGGCCACCUGACGCGGGCCGUCUGCUGCCGAUUGGCCAGAGAUGGGCCAGACUUCGCAAAGAAUCUCCCCCCUAGCUUUACGCUGAACCACCCGGAGGUCGGCCGGGUCAGCGUGUACGAUUCCUCGCGGCACACGGGCAAAACCAAGGAGUCCAGCAUCAACUGGAGCCAGCCGGACCAGGCCAGUGUGGAGGUGCUGGAUGGGACCAAGGGCAAAGUGGAUGGCCUCACGCUAGAAGUGUCCCGCGUCUCCAAGUCCAACAUGUUCCGCCUAUUCCACGCCCUGUGCCACCAGAAGGGGCAUUCGGACCUGUUGGCACUCCCCUCCUAUGCUCACGCCAAGAUGGCCGCCAGGUCUUUCCAGGAAGCCAAGGCCCAGUUCUUCCAGGCGCUAAACGGGCAUGGUUACGGGACCUGGAUCUGCAAACCCCUGGAGGAGAAGAGCUUUGAUGCCGGGUCGGGCGUGAGUGGCGGCAUCGGCGGCGAAUAGGGCAGAGGGCGGAGCUUAGGAGGGCGAACGACGUGGGACGGGGAUUGGUGAGGGGUGGGAGGGAUGUAAAACAGUCUCGGUACCAGAGGGAGGCGCCGUUGGGUAAGCGAGUGGCCUGUGGGGACGGGAACUUCUGAAACGCUGACGCAGACUUGUGCUGUAUUCGCACAUCGAUCACUUACUAACACUUUAAUGGAAUUAGUACAUGCACACGUACAAGCCAUGGCUGCUUCCCUUCUCAGUGGUCACAUGAUUUAAUGGGGUGGAGGGGGGCGGAGCACUUGAUUUCAUUGUAAUUGCUCCUGGAGUGAAGCCGGCCUCCAGCUCUCCUCUGAAUUAUUACCGUGCGCGUGAUGUCUGUGUGCCCCACCCCCCCCCCCCCCCCCCAAAUUCCCAGUGCUCCCAGUGUGCAGAAGUGUGGCGUAGUCAGAGCCAGCCAGCUUCAAGUGGGCAUCAAAAUUCUCGAGUCAGCUGCCUCUGCUCUGAUUCGCUGGCCUGUAUCAUACAUACUGUACAUACAGAUAUAUGUGCACACAGAUGUAUAUGUAACUCAUCUGUCUAUAUAUAGAUUUGUGUGUAUGUAUAUAUGUAUAUAUUUUAUGUAUAUAUCUUGUAGCCCUCCCUUCUCAAAGUGGGUUUGAUUUUACUUAAUUUCUCUUGAUACUUAAAGACAUGUUGCUGAUCUCUCCAGGGACUGUUUUUCUUUUAACUGGUGUCCAGUGGUCACGUGAUCGCUGACACAUCCUGCCACGCAUACACACACACUCACACACACGCCCUUGUCUCUGAAUCCUCACCUGAUACACUGCCGGGUGCUCUGUGAUUUUUUUUUUUUUUUUUUUUUUCUUUCAUCCUCAGUUGAUUCCAGUAGAUCUCCAUCAACCCACUUGUUACUGUAAACUGGAACACAGUAGGAAAUGCUACAUUAAAAAAAAAAAAAAACGUUUUACAAGGCCAUUGUUUAAAAAAAGCACGUAAUGGGGGUGUAUUCCUUAACUCUGUAUUUUUAGAGAAGGUCUUUACUGAGUGGGAGUGCCUUUUUGUUUAUUGCAUUGUUACUGACAUUAGAAUUCUAAGUAAAUCGUGUGUGCAUAUGUGUGGGCGUGUCUGUGUGUGCAUACGGGUGCUUGUGUGUGUGCACGUAUGUGUGUGUGUGCAGGUGUACAUGUGUCUGUGCAAGCACGCAAGUGUUUGUGCGUGUGUGGCUGUGCAUGCGGACGUACAUACAUGUGUGUGUGCGGGCAUGUAUGCAUGUCUGUGCCAACGUGCAUGUGCAUGCGCGUGUGUGUUUGUGCGUGCCAGUGUGUGUGGGUGCACUCAGCAGGAAUCGGUCAGAUUUGACCUUCCCAUUUCUGAUUCCAUCACAUGAGUCUUCACUUGAAAAAGCAUUUAUUUCUAGACCGGUAUGCUCACAUAGUUGAGUGUAUGUGUUGUUCUUAGGGUGAUUACACUGCUGAUUUCAUGCUCAACAAACACCUUAGUCAAUAGGCGGCACUGGUGGUGGUGUUCAUUUUCCUGACCUUGUCAGGUAUACUGUUAUACUUUAGUAAUGUUAAGCAAGAACAUUUCCAGAAGUAAUCAUCUCCAAAUAAUAAUAAAUCUGAUCAAAUGCUAUAUGUUUCUGUGUAGCUCAUAGAUCCAUGUUAUAUAUAAACAUAAUCAUAGUGUGCAGUCUUGCAUUUUUCUUUUUUAUUUUUUUUAAUUGCACAUUUUGUCUAUGUUCAUUAUUUUGAGACUAAAACUUUGAACUUAGUUCUGUUCAUUAAAGAGAAGUACUCAAACAA